CGCCAUACCUCAUCUAGCUUAUUUCGACAGUGACCGACACAUAAAACGUUAUGAAACCCAGCUUCUUCGCUGCAAAACAGUUUCAGAAUUAAACCAACAUGAACUUCGCCCCAUUCACGGGUCAUAUCCCGACGGCAGCGGCGAUACCAUCUAUCCACCAGUUCGCCGCAAAGUUCGGGUAUGAAGGGACUGGUAAUACCGGCGUGGUGCAAGAGACCAGAUACCAGAACACAGGUGGAGGCGGCGGGGUACAGUUUGCUGUUGCACCGACAUCUAGCGGGGUUUCAGUGGACGGUGUGAAGUUCAGACAAGCGGAGAGUGUUGUGGUCGUCAGCAGUGCUCAGCCUGGCGCUGUCACGUUAGCUGGAAUUGCGCCUUUACAUUCAGUGAAUACAGGAGUGAAGUAUCAGACAAUAUCAACAUCAUCCGUGAACCUCGGCAACAUCGCGUAUGGUGGGCAGGCGAGCUAUGUACAGGCUGAGACGGUCCACCAGCAGUUGAAGGCAGAGCAGCGCACCGACAAGCGAGAGUACAGAGACGAGUUGCACCAUGAUCUGAUGGCUACAAUGAUGCAGCAGCAUCAAGUGACCCAAGCAACACCACUGCAACAAGGCACGCAGCAAUUGUUGGUGGUGUUACACGAGCCGAAGGAAGCGGCAGCGUUGGCGCGGGCUAUCAAGCAGGAGACGAGACCGGAAAGAGCAGCGGCCACCGCACCCGCCGAGUUCAUAAUUUCAUGUACGCCAGGUAUCGGCGACGUGACCGAUAGCUCGACAUGGCAAACUCUUGGUGGCGGAGUGGCAGACUAUCUCUCCGCGCUGCCUCUACCUCUGCACCACUUGCUCAAGUACUCCACACCAGCCAACUCCAUGACAGACGGCAAGAGAGACGAUCAACCGACUAUCGUAACGGCGGUUGCUGCCAAUGCCCUGCCGUCCAUGUCUUCGCUCGCCUCUAUGCCAACGAAUGCAGUCAACAGUGUGGUUGUACAAACAGCCACGAUCGUGAACCAAACUGUGAACGCAAACACAAUGAACACAGUCACAGCGCCCAAGAGAAAAAAGAAGAAGAAAACCACCAAGGAGAAGAAACCUCGUCCCAAGCCGGGGGAAAUACGACUUAGCACUGCAUUAGAUGGCAGCACCCUGUAUUGCUGUCCAGAGUGUCAUAUGGCAUAUCCUGAGCGCGGGCUGCUGGAGCAACACUUAGUUGGACACACCAUGGAAAGAAGAUUUGUUUGCGAUAUCUGUCAUGCGGCGUUAAAACGCAAGGACCAUUUGACACGACACAAGCAGUCUCAUAACCCGGAACGACCCCACGUAUGCUCGGUGUGCCUGAAGGCGUUCAAACGGAAGGAACAACUUACGUUGCACUAUGUGAUACAUUCCGGUGAAAAGAGGCAUAUUUGCAACGAGUGUGGUAAAGGUUUCUACCGCAAAGAUCACCUUCGCAAGCACACCCGUUCGCACAUAGCGCGGCGCGUGAAAGCGGAACUAUCGCAGCAGAGCGCGUCCGGUAGCCCGCCGUUACCACAGGCGGUGCCGGCGCCGACGCCCGAGCCGUCCUGACCGCAGCCCGACGACAAGAACGACCUGCUCACACUCAUCGCAGCCGCUAAGGACACCUUCUGACUCGAGUAAUCACAAUACACAGAUUGCACAACUAUUAGAGACCAAAGCCUUGUAGAUGUAGGGGUGAUAGUUCUUUCAAUUUAAGCACGCGUGGGUCAUAACCUUUAUUUGUAUAUAGACACAUUGCUUUGCGUAAAUUCUACAAUCUCUUUGUAUGGAAAAUGCUGUAGUCUUCGCUAACGAAGUACCUACCAUAC